AUUUAAGUUGCUAUGGUCAUUCUUAUCUUAAACCAAAUGGAGAAACUACGGAUUUUUUUCUUUAUUACAGUUGGAUGGGCUGAAGACCUUAUUGCUUGCUAAGAGCUGGGGAUAUAUGCAUUUAUAUAGAUAUACACAUCUAUAUGUUUAUAAAUAUGUCAGUGUGUGAGUAUAAAGUGGUGGUUUCUUAGACUAACUGGUUUGACCUUGAACCUGUACCAGUCAAAACAGAAUAUUACUUUUAUUUAUGCAUUUAAUGGAUUGAAGAAAGAACAUUUUCUCUGUAACUGCGCUAGGGAGGGGAGAGGAGUGGAAUAUACCUAAUCUUAUAUCUCCUGGGUUUGGCACCAUCAUUAUUGUUUAUUCUCAUUCUCUAAAAGCAGAAUCUUCUGAUGGCUCCCUUAGGUGAAGUUGGGAACUAUUUCGGUGUGCAGGAUGCAGUACCCUUUGGGAAUGUGCCCGUUUUGCCGGUGGAUAGUCCGGUUUUGUUAAGUGACCACCUGGGUCAGUCUGAGGCAGGUGGGCUACCCAGGGGGCCUGCGGUCACGGACUUGGACCAUUUAAAGGGGAUCCUCAGGCGGAGGCAGCUAUACUGCAGGACUGGAUUUCAUUUAGAAAUCUUCCCCAAUGGUACUAUCCAGGGAACCAGGCAAGACCACAGCAGAUUUGGUAUACUGGAAUUUAUCAGUAUAGCAGUGGGCUUGGUCAGUAUCCGAGGAGUCGACAGUGGACUUUACCUUGGAAUGAAUGAGAAAGGAGAACUGUAUGGCUCGGAAAAAUUAACCCAGGAGUGUGUAUUCAGAGAGCAAUUUGAAGAAAACUGGUAUAACACAUAUUCAUCAAAUCUAUAUAAACAUGUGGACACUGGAAGACGAUACUACGUUGCGUUAAAUAAAGAUGGGACUCCAAGAGAAGGGACUAGGACUAAACGGCAUCAAAAAUUUACACAUUUUUUACCUAGACCAGUGGACCCUGAGAAAGUACCAGAACUAUAUAAGGAUAUUUUAAGCCAAAGUUGACAAAGACAAUUCCUUCACUUGAGCCCUUAAAAAGUAACCACUAUAAAGGUUUCAUGCGGUGGGUUCUUAUUGAUUAGCUGUGUCAUCACAUCAGCUCCACUGUUGCCAAACUUUGUCGCAUGCAUAAUGUAUGAUGGAGGCUUGGAUGGAACAUGCUGAUUUUGUUCUGCACUUAAAGGUUUGUCCUCCUGGAGGAGAGCCUAUGCCCACUCGCUUGAUUUAGUACGAGAGGGAGCGCGAGAGAGUGAGUGCGAGAGAGAGAGAAAGGGAGAGGAUGAAUGGGAGUGAGAGCGCGAGAGAGAGGAGCCGAGGGGAGGAGGAGGGUGAGGAGGAGGAAGGCCUGAUGCAUGCUGGGGAAUAGACACGCUUUUAAAUUUUUGAUCAGUUGUACUUCGUCAUAUAUCAGCAUAGCUGCCAUACUUCGAUUCAUCAGGAUUUUUGGCUGGUGGCCUGCUCAAGUGUACGCUGCAUUUACAAAGGCAUGGAGGGUGCAGUCUUAAACAAGAGACUUUUCAGUUAAUCACUCACUGGGUCUCACCCCACUGAGUUUAAAGCAAAGACCUCUUAGUAAAAAAAUAAAAAUAAAAAGUUAAAUUUAUUUAUAGAAAUUCCAAAGGCAACAUUUUAUUUAUUUUAUAUAUUUAUUUAUUAUAUAGAGUUUAUUUUUAAUGAAAUAUGUACAGGCCAGAUAGGCAUUUUGGAAGCUUUAGGCUCUGUAAGCAUUGAAAUGGCAAAGGCCACUAUGAACCUGUGGUAAAUUCAUGCAAGUAAAUAUAAAAGUGCAUGGAUAAAAAAAAAAAAAGCCAACAAUAAAAAGGUAAUAAUAAUAAAUUCUAGUGACCCUCAUGUACUAAAGGUGACAAUCUCUUUUGUGCCCGUAUUAUUGUACAAGUAUGCACACCACUCAUGACACUGAAUCCUCACUCUUCUGACUGCUUGUUUCAUAGCUUACCCCAGAGGAUUAAAGAGAAAACUGGGUCUUCAACUUUUUUUUACGUGUCUGUAAUAUUUCCUCUCUGAUAAAGCGACUUCUUACAUCAUUGUAAAUUUCACAGCUGUGGAAAAUAUAGGAGUUGGAAUAUAUUCUACUUGUUAAAACCUAUUGCAGAUUAUACCAAAGCUAAAUGAUAAAUAUGCUAUUUUUUUCCUAAAGAGAAUGUCAGAAACAACAUAAGUAAUACCAACAACAAUUAUACUAAUCUUAAGAUUCCAAAAAGAACACAUAUUUCAGAGGGCAGGAACCAGGUUAACAGGAUCACUCUUGUAAACAUGUUUAUUUGUGCACUUGACUAUCUACUAUGAAAUUAUACAAGUUCCAUAGGGGUCAUUGUAAUACCUUUAUGGAAAAUUGCUUUCAGUGUGAACUGUCAUAAUACAUGAUAUUAGCACCCUUCCUAAAGUAAAACUUGCAAAAUGAAACUAAUAAAUCUCUAUCAAUAAUGACAAUAAGGAGGACAGUAUUAGACUUAUUUUUAUUGUUUUUCCUAAAGUAUGUUCAAAUAUUCAUGAACCCUAAGUGAGGAAACAGUAUGUAAUAUUUAAGGGUAUGUAGCAUUUUAAGAUAAGCACACAAACACAUUGAUUAGCUGUUACUAUUUGGAAAUUAACCCUCAGGAAGAGGCAUUUUUUCCCCUAAUACUCUGAAGAAAAGGGGGAAAAAAUAGACAAAAACCAUGCUGAGAUCCAUAUGACAAAUGCAUUUUGUAGUUGUUUUAUCCCUUAGGAUUUCAAUCCAGUGCCAUUAAGUUGAGUGUGGCCUUCAUCAUUGGAUAUGUUGGGAGCAGGACUGGUCCUGAUGCCCUGGCUGUCUGCAUACGCACGGGGAAUCCUUUGGAGGAGUGAUGUAAAGGGUUGUAGCCUAUGAGUAAUUAAGAAAUGUUUGCUCUACAGCACUCUUGUUCAUCUGAUUUAUAUUAUUUGAAGCUUAUUUCUGUUCUGGAAUGACCUCUGGCUCGGUGUGCUGAACAAACGUUCCCUUUCCAUGAAGCAGGUAGGAGGAGCCAUGUCUGAACUGGCGAUAUCACUGAUCUCAAACAUAACAAGGCUCUUUGUUGUAAUUGUUCAUGGAUGAUAAAGAGACGUUAUCUACAUUAGUUGAUUUGUAGGAUACUUGUCUAGGGACUGUUAUUGCCUGGGAAUUUACAGCCUUCAGCUACAGCCCACGCGUUUGUCUCCCAGCCUUUGGGGCUGCGGAUGGUUCGGCUGCUGGGGUCGGACGUGUGCUGGAUCAUUUGUGUGGGCAAUGCAGAGACUGUAGGAGAAGAAAAGGCGUUUCUGGGCAGGACUAGGGCUCAUUGCCCUGUGGUAAAUGCAUCAAGCCCACCAUGAGGAAGGGAGGUUGCAACCCUCUGCUGUUUCAGUAAAUCUGACAUACACCAGGAAAUUCUUUGCAAAGGUUAAAAUUACUCUCAGUUGAGGCCGCAAUACUAGGCCACAGUUAAAGUCUUAAUGUUAAAUUGACUUGGAUUUUUUAGUCAUAGGCUAAUCAUUACUACUAGUUAACAUGUUUUAUUUAAUUUAUUUUUUUUUGUAUUUUUCUACAGAAAGGAUUAAACUUGAGAAAAAUGUUAUGAGUUUAUAGCAGUCCUAAAUAAACUGUAACCGAUUUACUCGAAUAACCCGUAAUGGUGUGUAAAUACUGACUUUAUGUAAAUAUAGAAACAUGUAAUUUAACUUAGGCAUUAUUGCAAGACUGGAAGGCCCAGGAGCUGGCAGUUUGCCACUCCCUGCAGGUUCACUAGGUCAAAUUUGGCCUGUUUAGGGUAGCAAACUACAGAUUCUGUUCAGUCCCUUGUGUAAAAUGAGCUAUUUCUGUUUGGUUUUGGGUGGGGGAUGGGCAAAACAAUUGUCACCUGGGUGCUGCUCAGCUCCUUUGCCAAGGUGUGAAGGGGUAUGGACACCCUCCUGCUCCUUAUGUGAUCCUGCUAAAACAGGGCUGCAGGGAGCAGACACGGCAAAGCAGGGAGGCUUCCAGUGUCUUGCCUCCCGAGCUGUGGAAAACCAGAAAUCUUCACCUUCUAGUGCUGUCCAUCUGGCACCUUUCUCAAGCACUAAAAUUGAUUUGAAGAAAAGUCUGAGGGAAAAAGAAAAGAAUGAUUGGUGUAAUUUUUACUUGGUAUUCUGUAAUGGUGUGUAAAUGCAUACAGAAUUCUGUAAUUUGUAUAAAUAUAUUGCUAUAGAAUUUUGAAAA